ACACUCCCAUUUUGCAUAUUACAUAAACAAGACAGUUUAUUUAGAGGGGAAAAUAUGGAUAGCGCAAGAGGAGGAGAGCUCUGCGCAGCCCCUUGGCGGAUUGAUUUACGCCCCAUUGACUCUUUAUCAGGCUCGCGAAAAAGACUGACCAAUCAUUUCGCUCGAAGCACACAACAUAGCAGCCCGGCUCUACUUUGUAGGCGAACGAGUGGAGGCAGCAUUGUGGUGAGGGGGGAAAGCCCAGUUCUAUGGUACACGUUUUCCCUUCAAUGAACCGUACGUUGUAUAAUGUCCGAGAAUGUCCAUUUCUGGAACUCUAAGCAACUACUAUGUCGAUUCCAUCAUAAGUCAUGAGGGAGAAGAUCCGAGUGCUGCCCGAUUCUCCAAUGUACAGUACUCCAACUCCAGGCAAGCGGGAACUGGGGAGCAUCCUGAAUUCCCGUCGUGUAGUUUUCAGCCCAAGCCUCCCGUGUUCAGUUCAACAUGGAGUCCUUUCAGUCCCCACACGUCCAACGGCUUACCAGCGGUCUACCAUCCUUACAUCCCAACGCAGCCCGUGCCUUCGACGGACACCCGGUACCUCCGCACAUGGCUCGACUGCGCCCCGAGAGCCGAGCCACUGCCCGGCCAGAGCCAGGUCAAAAUGGAGCCACUGCUGGGACACCUCGGGGAGCCCCCAAAACUCGGAGGACAGCAUGAAUAUGUUUUGGAAUCCUCCUCGGCUCGGGAGAUGAAUUCCAGCCACGGCUCCGGAUUUGAAGACAGUAAGGACAUUUGCGAAGGUAGCGAGGACAAAGAAGGACCAGAUCAAAAUGAUCCAUCAGCCAACUGGUUACAUGCCCGUUCGUCCAGGAAGAAGCGAUGUCCAUACACGAAAUAUCAAACCCUGGAGCUCGAGAAGGAAUUUCUCUUCAACAUGUACCUCACCCGAGACCGGCGACACGAGGUAGCGCGCUUGCUGAACUUGACGGAGCGGCAAGUUAAAAUUUGGUUCCAAAACCGAAGGAUGAAAAUGAAGAAAAUGAAUAAGGACCAGCCCAAGGAAUGAGGGCAAAAAGAAGCUAUGCCCAGUCUUUAACUACCAUCUUUAAUCUAAAGUAUGCAUACCUCUGGACAGUGAUACAAGGAGUGUUUGUAGCCUGUGUGUUUACCCUAC